ACGGCGGCACGAAACAAACCGCCUAAUCACACCAAUCAAAAUUAUAACAAGAGAGUCGGUUUCGUAACAUAUUUAUACUUCCCUAUGGGCCAUUCUUUACCGCUCUCUCUCUCUCUCUCUCUCCCAAUCUCAGCUUCCUUUUCCUUCUCUUUAAUAUCUUUUUCGUUCAUGAUUCUUUGAAAACUUGGUGAGAGUUUUUUUUUAUUCUUUGCACUAAUAGAUGGAGCGUGUUGGUGCCGAGGAACAAGUCUCAAUGACUGUGGACGACCUUGAAAUCAUCCGCCCCGAGGCAGAAUCCGAUGAAUUCAGUUCUAGUUCAGAGCGAGUCGAUUUGUUUGCUUGGAACAACGGAAUGAUCAGAGUUGAUGAAGGAAAUACAGAGCACGACGCCAUCAAGAAGAUGUUUUUUUCCGGCAUGGGACCGAUCGGGAAGGGUACGGAUGUUGUGUCUAUACACAAGAAUUCGCAUUCUACUUUAACCGGCCAAGCGCGAUUUGAAUCGUUUCGAAUAUUUUCGCAGGCGGUGGGGAAAAAGUGCGGUGGUGAUGCUAAUAUCAACUAUGCCUGGUAUGGCGCCUCCAGGGGUGAAAUCUAUGAUAUUAUAUCUCAUGGAUUUAGCCGACUUCAACGGCCAAAAGCUGGUGAACUAUAUGGUUUUGGGGUAUAUCUAUCUUCUGCAAAGUUUUCCAUUGAUUGUGCAUUAUCUUCAGCAGAGGAUGAAAAUGGGCUUAGGCAUGUGAUGUUAUGUCGCGUGAUAUUGGGCAACAUGGAAACUGUUUGUGCUGGUUCACAACAGUUUCAUCCAUGCUCUAGGGAGUAUGACUCUGGAGUGGAUGAUGUUUCAGCGCCUAGAAGAUAUAUCAUUUGGAGUGCUUACAUGAAUUCUCACAUUCUUCCCAGUUACAUCAUAAGCUUUAGGGCCCCUCUGAAGGGAGUUCCUCGAAGAAUUCAGGCGAAUUUAGUAAAACCCACCUCCCCAUGGAUGAAGUUUCACACUCUAUUGUCCGUACUUUCAAAGGUUUUACCUCCUCACAAGAUGACCCAGAUUUCCAAAUAUCACUGUGAUUUCCAUGUAAGUACUAUUUUCUAUUUUAAGACGGAAAUCAUUUUCUGUGAGUUUGCUUUGUUUUGUCCUUAUUUUCGGAAUAUGCUUGUUUCAGAGGAAAAAAAUUACGAGGCAGCAACUGGUAAAAAGAUUAAGACAGAUAGCCGGAGACGAGAUGUUAACCAGAGUGAUCAAACUUUACAGAACUAAGGAUCAGACCUCCUGUGUGCUAGUUCCAUGAUAGGGGUGGGUCUCCAUUCUGAGGUGGUGUUUCGAGGAUGAUACUCUUUUUGUUUGGAACAUUCAUACUUGGUAUGGUUAGCUGAAUGCCAAAGCUUGUUCGGUUUUUCAUAAAGUAAGGUGGGCUUGUAUGGGCCUCCAGAGUGGUCCAAAUGGAGUUUUACCCUUUUUAUAUGUUGAAAGCUUUUCAAAUUCAUUGAACACCACCACACAAAAACACACCCGCGGAAGUCUCUAGGCAGGUACAGAGAGGUUCAUCAUGUUCCCUGUAGAUAUUGAUGCUGAACAAUAUAUUACUCAUUGUCAGUUUCGAUACUCGUAUAUCCCAAAGCACAAAGUGGAAUUGAAGUCUUUGCUCUGAAGCAACUUAGAGCCCGAUCACAAUCUUCCUGAGCUGAGGAGCUUAGUGUAGUAGAUUGGCUUCUUGCCAUUCCCAUCUGAAUCUUGAGAUUGUAGAUGUGAGGUACCAGUGGUUUCAUUUGGUAUUAUGAACAGAAUCAUGUUUUGGGUC